AUGCAUUCUUUGCAAAAAUUUCCAGAUCUCGUCAACUUGGCUGUCAUUGUUGGUGCUACGCUGCAGUUAGCCAAAGCACAGAAUAUCCAAUUCAUUGGCGUUCCAGAGACCAUUCGCGAAGAUAGCGAUGGUAGCGAAGAUCUGCUUAUAUCAUGGUCAGGAGGCACGCCUGGACUCCCUUGGACCGUGCAACUGGUCCAGGACGAUCGAGUUAUUGAUGAUGUGGACGAGUCCAGUGACGACGACGACGGUGUUGUAGAUCAAACCUUUGAAUGGGAUGUUGAGCUCGACAGCAAUCCUGGGGGAUAUUACAGCUUGCGAUUGGUACAGGGUACACAAACAGCUGAUUCCAAUCCGAUCAACAUCAUCGAUGAAAAUGGUCAAGGUGCUACUGGUUCUUCCCCAACCAAUGUACCAAGCACACCGAGCUCGAAUCCAGCCAGCACUUCCGCAGCCUCUGCAACCUCAACAGAUGGGUCAGCCUCAUUAUCUCAAGCCUCGGCUUCUAUCGCGGCCACCGCAGCCACUCUCGUAACAACAGUAAUCUCUGGGACUACAAUUACAGCCGCUCCUUCUGGAUCCGCAACGGAUGGCAGAACCAGCGAUCCUGCAGACGGCGGCACUGGCAGCGACGGCCUUCCCGGCGGAGCGGUUGCUGGUAUCGUUAUCGGCGCCAUUGGACUUGUUACACUGAUCGUCCUGCUCGUCUGGUUCGUGCGUCGCCGCGCUCGCAAUUCACGAAGAUCACACGGCGUGCCGUCUACAGUCGAACCAGAAAAAAGAGAACCCGACUUCGCAACUCCGGCACUGUUUGCAGGCAUUCCUCGAUCCGGUGCGACGCUAUCCGACAAGGGCGGAAAUGGGAAGUUCGAGCUGCAAUCUGAUGCCAAAGCUCUACGCACCACGCCUGGCGUACACGAAAUGCACAGUCCCGACGAAACGACUAACGCGUCCUCGGAUCUGUAUGAGCUUCCCUCACCCGACGCCUCGCAGACUGCUGCGUCUAUCAGACAGGCUCACACAACAAGUAACGCGUCAGGGACAGAUCGUUCCGACGGCAAGAACCCAGAUAGCCAUGAAAUUGCGAGAAGCGCGGACAGCCACAACCACCAGAGCGUGAGUCCUUCGCAGAGGCACGCCAUUCCGAGGAAGACAGUGCCAGGGACCGGCGUUAACGGUAAGGGCUCAGGACGAGGGCAGCCGCCGGCGGUUCACGAGCUUGGCUAG